GGACGCGGAAGCGGAGAGACCAACCUGGGUCACCACGGAGAGCUGAAGUCACUCUUCGGGUCAACAUCUAAAGAGUAUUGCUACCUGGGUAAGAAGCCCGGAAGAGGAGGAAGAGGAAAGAAAAGGAGUCAGAAAUGGCUCUUUCUCAGGAACAGUUGACCUUCAAGGAUGUGGCCAUUGAAUUCUCUCAGGAGGAGUGGGAAUGCCUGGACCCUGCUCAGAGGGCCUUGUACAGGGAUGUGAUGUUGGAGACCUACAAGAACCUGGUCUCCCUGGAUAUCUGUCAUAUAUAUGUAAUGAAGAAAUUACAACCUAAAGUGAACAGUGAUGGAGGAGAAGUAUUCCAAACAGUGAUGUUGGAAACACGUGAAAGCCGUGAAAUAAGAGAUUUUUACUUCAAGGAAAUCCAGGAAAAUAUGCAUGACUUUGAGUAUCAGUGGAGAGAUGAUGAAAGAAAUUGCAAAGGAAUGCCUUUAACCUGUAAAGAAAAUCUCACUUAUAAAAGAAAUCAACAUUGGAAAAGGGAUGCAGGAAACAAGCCUGUUGAAAAUAGGCUUGGAUCAAGCUUUCGAGAUAAACUGCUGAUAUAUCAAACUGAAGGGAAAAUUUAUGAAUGUAAUCAAGCUGUGAAGUCUACCAACAGUAGAGGCUCAUUUUCAAUACUUGAAAGAAUUACUCCUAGUGUCCAGGCCAACAUUUCUAAUAUAUAUGGGAAUGAUCUUAUCCAUCUUUCAGGACCAGCACAGGAACAGAAAGCAUACAAGGGAAAACCUUACAGAUGUCGUCAGUUUGGCAAAAUGUUUCGUCGGGGCUCAUACCUCACUAGACAUCAGAUAAUCCACACAGGAAAGAAAUCGUACAAAUGUGAUGUAUGUGGCAAAGUCUUUCGUCGAAGUUCACACCUUGCAAGUCAUCGGACAAUUCAUACUGGAGAGAAACCUUACAAAUGUAAUGAGUGUGGCAAGCUCUUUAGUCAAAAAGCACACCUUGGAAGUCAUCAGAGAAUUCAUAGUGGAGAGAAACCUUACACAUGUAAUGAGUGUGGCAGAGCCUUUACUCUUCGCUCAAAUCUCAUCAGACAUCAGAAAAUUCAUACAGGAAAGAAAUUAUAUAGGUGUGAUAUAUGUGACAAAGUCUUUAGUCGAAAUUCACACUUUGCAAAUCAUCAGAGACGUCAUACUGAAGAGAAACCUUACAAAUGCAGUGAGUGUGGCAAGGUCUUUACUCAAAAUUCACAUCUUACAAGACAUCAGAGAAUUCAUAGUGGAGAGAAACCUUACACAUGUAAUGAGUGUGGCAAAACCUUUAAUUUUCACUCAAACCUCAUUAAACAUCAGAAAAUUCAUAUAGGAAAGAAAUUAUAUAAAUGUGAUGUAUGUGGCAAAGUCUUUAUUAGAAAUUCACACUUUGCACGUCAUCAGACAAUUCAUACUGGAGAGAAACCUUACAAAUGCAAUGAGUGUGGCAAGGUCUUUAGUCAAAAUUCACAUCUUACAAGACAUCAGAGAAUUCAUAGGGGAGAGAAACCUUACACAUGUAAUGAGUGUGGUAGAGCUUUUAGCCAAAGUUCAAGCCUGGUUGACCAUCAGAAAAGUCAUUCUGGAGAGAAACCAUAUAAGUGUUUUGAAUGUGGCAAGGCCUUUAAGCAAUGGUAUUACAUCAAGAUUCACCGAAGAAUUCACACUGGAGAGAAACCGUACAAGUGUGAUGUGUGUGGCAAAGCCUAUAUCGCUCUUUCAAGCCUAACUAAUCAUCAGGUCGUCCACACCGGAGAGAGGCCUUACCAACGUAGUGAGUGUGGGAAGUCGUUUAGGCAACAGUCUGAAACCAGGAUUCACCAAAGAAUUCAUGACGCAGAGAACCCUUUUAAGUGUAGUGAAUGUGGCAAAGCCUUUGCUCGGCGUUCAAGUCUCACUACACAUCAGAUAAUCCAUAAAAGAGAGAAACCAUACAAGUGUGACGUAUGUGGAAAGGUCUUUAGUCAAAAAUCACACUUUAAAAUCCAUCAGAGAAUUCAUUCUGGGGAGAAGCCAUACAAGUGUCAUGAGUGUGACAAAGCCUUUAUUGUGCGUUCGAGCCUCACUUCCCAUCGGGUAAUCCAUACAGGAGAGACAGAACAUAAAUGUGACGUUUGUGGCAAGGGCUUCAGUCAAAAUUCACACCUCGUGACUCACUGUAGAGUUCAUACUGGAGAGAAGCCUUACAAAUGUAAUGUGUGCAGCAAAGCAUUUAGUGUGCGAUCAGGCUUAACUUCCCAUCAGGUAAUCCAUACAGGAGAGAAACCACAUAAAUGUAAUGUAUGUGGCAGGGGCUUCAGACAGACUUAUCACCUAGUGAAUCACCAGAGGAUUCAUACAGGAGAAAAGCCUUUCAAAUGCAAUGAAUGUGGGAAAACAUUUAGCGUGCAGUCAACCUUAACUUCCCAUCAGGUAAUCCAUACGGGAGAGAAACCACAUAAAUGCGAUGUGUGUGGCAAGAGCUUCAGACAAAGUUCACAACUCGUGACUCACCGUAGAAUUCAUACUGGAGAGAAACCUUACAAAUGUAAUGAGUGUAACAAAGCAUUUAGUAUGCGAUCAACCUUAACUUCCCAUCAGGUAAUCCAUACAGGAGAGAAACCAUUUAAAUGUGAAGUAUGUGCAAAAUUCUUCAGUUAUAGGUCUCACCUUGUGUAUCAUCGGAGAAUUCAUACUGGAGAGAAAACUUACAGAUGACUUGAUUGUGGCAAAGUCUUUAUUUUGCGUUCAAGCCUAUGUUACCAGGUAAUCCACACUGGUGAGAGACGUUACAAAUGUAAUCAGUGUUGCAAGGCUUUUAGAAGGUGUUCACCCCUUAGGCUUCAUGAGAAAAUUCAUACUCAGUAGAAGCUGUGUAAAUGUAUUGCGUGUGUCAAGGCUUUUAGAGAAUGGUUUGACCUUAGUAUUCUAUAAAGAAUUCAUUCUGGAGAGAAACCUUACAAAUGAUAUGAGUGUGUAAAACCUUUACUCGGGUCACAUUUCACCAGUCAUCAGGUAAUCCGUACUGGACAAAACCUUACACAUUUACUGAAUGUGGCAAGGCUUUUUAGGUAUUGCCUACACUCGGGGUUCACCACAUACUUUGUACUUACAAAUGCAAGGAGGGUGGCAAAGUUUUGAAUUAUUGCUUACUUUCAGGAUACAUAAGAAUAUAUGUCUUGGAGACAAACCACACAAAUCUAAUGUGCAUAGCAAGGAUUUUACCCAGACAUAAAAGGGGGAACAUACUGGAGCAAUAGUUUACAAAUGCAGUGGGAGUGGCAACAGUUUUACCUUGAGUUCAAGUAUUAUACAACAACUGAGAGUCCAUAUUGAGGAGAAGCCGUACAAAUGUAUGGACAGAGGUUUAUCCAGGCCUCACACUGCACUAGACUUGAAAAUAUACAUCUUUCAGAAAAACCAUACAAAAGUAAUGUGCAGGCUAAGGCUUUACCCAAAGACCAAAACUGUGGAACAUAAGAGGAGUUAUAAGGCUUCCCUGGUGGCACAGUGGUUAAGAAGCCGUCUGCCAAUGCAGGGGACAUGGGUUCAAGCCCUGGUCUGGGAAGAUCCCACAUGCUGCGGAGCAGCUAAGCCUGUGCACCACAACUACUCAGCCUGUGCUCUGGAGCCCAUGAGUCACAACUACUGAGUCCGUGUGCCACAACUACUGAAGGCCACGUGCCUAGAGCCCAUGCUCUGCAAUAAGAGAAGCCACCACAAGGAGAAGCCCGGGCAGUGUAACCAAGGGUGAACCGCACUCGCCACAACUAGAGAAAGCCCCCGUGCAGCAAUGAAGACCCAAUGCAGCCAAAUAAGUAAAUAAAUAAACCUUUAUUAAAAAAAAAGGAUCCGC